AUGGAGUAUGAAAUACUUAAAAGAAUCCAAAUGGGUAACAAGUGUUAUUACGCAAUGGGGAACUUACUCAAGUCAAGAAUUCUCUCAAAAACACUUAAAGUUCAGCUGUAUGUCACACUAAUAAGAUCAACAGUACUUUAUGGAGCGCAAUGUUGGACUGUAAGGAAAAAUUAUGAGUCAAAACCGAGGAUCUUUGAAAGGAAAAUAUUAAGAAGGAUUUAUGGACCAUAUCUAGACCCACAAACAGGUGAAUGGCGUAAAAGACACAAUGAGGAGUUAUAUGACUAAUAUAACAGACCGGAUAUAGUAAAGGAGAUAAAAAGAAAAAGAUUGGAAUGGGCAGGUCAUGUGUGGAGGAAACCUGAUGCUAUGACAAAGACGGUCUUACAAGAGAAUUCAAGAGGGAAAAGACCACUAGGAAGACCCAGAAUGCGAUGGGAGGACUGUGUCAAAAAAGAUGUAACAGUUUUCUACCCGGAGGAAGAUUGGCAUAUACUAACACAAAAUCGUGAAGAAUGGAGGCAAUUAUGUUUGGAUGUGUGGUCUAAAAGGCCGUAA